AUGUUAAAGAUUCACAGAAGCUACACUUCUCAGUUACUUGAACGUACCAAAACAAGUUUUCACAUAUUAUCCGACGCCUCGGAAAAGGCUAUUGGAGCUGUUGUCUAUUUGAAAACUUAUUUCUCAGACAACAAAGUGAAUAUUGGAUUCUUGUUUGGAAAGGCAAAGUUAGCUCCCUUGAAGGGACAUUCUCUACCCAGAUUGGAGUUAUGCACAGCUGUGAUGGCUGUAGAAUUUCACGGAACUGUUCAAGAAUCCCUUGAUAUUAGGCCAGACAGUGUCAAUUAUUACACAGAUAGCCAAGUGGUUCUAGGCUACAUCAACAAUACCACCAGACGCUUCUACACGUUCUUCUCAAAUCGAGUGGACCAAAUUAGAAGUCUCUCAACCCCAUCUGAUUGGAGUUACGUGAACACUUAA